UGAUACCCAUUGGAAGGGUAUUAAUACCGUAGUGACCACCACAGCGCUAGUGAUACUCAUUGGAAGGGUUUUUAUACCGGAGUGACCACCACAACGCUAGUGAUACUCAUUGGAAGGGUAUUUAUACCGGAGUGACCACCACAGCGCUAGUGAUACUCAUUGGAAGGAUAUUUAUACCGGAGUGACCACCACAACGCUAGUGAUACUCAUUGAAAGGGUAUUUAUACCGGAGUGACCACCACAGUGCUAGUGAUACUCAUUGGAAGGGUUUUUAUACCGGAGUGACCACCACAACGCUAGUGAUACUCAUUGAAAGGGUAUUUAUACCGUGGUGACCACCACAGUGCUAGUGAUACUCAUUGAAAGGUUAUUUAUACCGGAGUGACCACCACAACGCUAGUGAUACUCAUUGAGAGGGUAUUUAUACCGUGGUGACCACCACAACGCUAGUGAUACUCAUUUAAAGGGUAUUCAUACCGUAGUGACCACCACAGUGCUAGUGAUACUCAUUGGAAGGCUAUUCAUACCGGAGUGACCACCACAGUGCUAGUGAUACUCAUUGAAAGGUUAUUUAUACCGGAGUGACCACCACAACGCUAGUGAUACUCAUUGAAAGGGUAUUUACACCGGAGUGACCACCACAGCGCUAGUGAUACUCAUUGGAAGGGUAUUCAUACCGGAAUGACCACCACAACGCUAGUAACCAGACUUGUGUACCAACUGUUGAUAAUCUUUGAAAAGGACAACUUUAUUUUAUAGGUCAAUGAUCGUAAUACAGUACGAGGCCAAGCUUCAUUGAAAAGCAGACGUUAUCAACGUCAGUGGUCAGCCAGGUCAGGUUAUCUAAGUUUUGGACACGGUGGAUUUAUUUUGUAUCAGAUUUCCGUUAGUUUUACAGGUAAACUAUCUUACUCACUAGCUUAAGGUGUCUUAACGGAUUGUAAAUAUCUUGUUGUGCUCCCCAGCUUAUAGAUCGCUGAUACUAUCUGUCUGGCUGAUACCUUCAACAGUUAUUCACGACAGAACUUGUGUUUCUUUUUACUACGCGUGUGUGUAAGUGAUGGGUGUCCGUGGAGAUCAAACCUUGACCGAAGACACUACAGAACCGCUGGUCAAUGACCAUGUAAACAGUACUGGGCCAGGAGACGGACGACGUACUCGCCGACCUCCUUGUGCGCCGCCAAGGGUUGUGGAGGCUUCUGACACAUUUGGCACGUUGUUCGACUCAACAUCGGAUUCACUGAGCAACUGCAAGAAAUGGACAUGGCACCGAUUCAUCGAUCUGCUUUAUCUGACGUCUACGGCUGGUUACGUCGUGUAUGUCGUCUACGCUAUCAUCUACGACCCAUCGUCAGCGUUCUUGUCCGUCGUCGACGCCACUCUGGUUGUACUCUUUGUCCUUCAUCGCUUCAUACGUCUCCAGGACAUCGCCAAGUUCAUCGCCAAACCCAUCAGGUUCCGAAUACUUGCCAGGAAACGCUGUAGAAUAAAGACAAAGAUUUGGAGGAUUUUCCGAAGGUGUGUGACUAUCCUUGUUUUCCUGGCAAUAAUCAUAUUCCUUGCUAUCGACCUCCGAGCCGACACCGAGAGGCUGGUCUCUCUGGGCGGUCUGUGUUUGUUGGUCUUCAUCGUCUUCAUCACAUCCAAAGCUCCCUCCAAGGUGUGCUGGACGCCGGUUUUGUGGGGACUAAUACUACAGUUUGUUUGGGGUCUAAUGAUACUGAGGUGGAAACCAGGGUAUGAGAUAUGCAAAUUUGUUGGCGAUGGUAUGGCUGGCUUUCUCAGCUUCACAGACGAAGGAUCCAAGUUUAUAUUUGGCGAAAAAAACUACACGAUGCACGUCGUUGCAUUCAAGAUUCUGCCGGUGGUGGUGUACUUCAGUGCCGUGGUGUCUAUCUUGUACUACUGGGGAGUAAUGCAGUUCAUUAUUAAGGGACUGGCCAAACUGUUCCAGUACACAAUGAAGACCACAGCCAUCGAAUCCUUCGCCACGGCGGCCCAUAUCUUCAUUGGACAGGUGGAGUCCUCGAUUGCUUUAAAGCCGUUCCUCCGUGAUCUCACAUUGUCUGAGCUCAACGCCGUGAUGACGUCAGGGUUCGCAACAGUGGCGGGAACAGUCAUCGCCGCCUACAUCGAGUUCGGGGUUCCGCCUGAACACGUGAUCUCGGCUUCGUUCAUGUCAGCUCCCGCUGCCCUCGCCGUGGCCAAACUCGGAUGGCCAGAGACCAAACUGGCCAGUGACAAGGACAGAGAUGUUGUUCUCACAGAAGUCGGAAAGGAGCUGAACUUGAUGGAAGCGGCCUCGGCUGGAGCAGUAGCGUCCAUUAAACUGGUCUCCUACGUCGUCGUGAAUCUCAUCGCCUUCAUAUCUCUCCUUGCCUUCAUCAACUUCUCGUUCUCGUUCAUGGGAGAACGUGUUGGUCAUCCAGAGUUCACAUUCGAGUUCCUGUGUUCGUACAUAUUCAUGCCAUUGGCCUUGGUGAUGGGCGUCAGAUGGCAGGACUGCGGCAAGGUAGCCAAGCUCAUCGGCAAGAAAAUAUUCAUCAAUGAAUUUCUGUCCUUCGCCGACCUCGGACAGAUGAUCAAGAACGAUGAGUUGGAUAACCGGUCUGCAGUAAUAGCCACGUACGUCCUGUGUGGAUUCGGCAGUGUUGCCGCUAUGGGUAUCAACCUCGGGUCCCUAACAGCGGCUGAUCCCAGCAGAAGGCAGGACUAUGCCAAAGGGAUGCUCAGGGCCAUGAUUGGUGGAAACAUCGCCUGCUUUAUGACGGCGUGUGUGGCAGGAAUGUUGUACCAGGAGUCGAGCUUCCUAACUAGCACCAACAAUACUGCUAUUAACGGAACGUCCUUGGCACUCAACUUUAGUACCGUAGACAACGUCACCUACCAGAUCACGUGACCGCCCAUGUGACAUCAGUUAAUAGAAGAUGUGUUGAGGAUGUAGUUCCAUAUAUACCAAACCAAUGUUGACAGAUAUAUAUGUAUUGAUAUACCUGGUAUGAUACAGUCUGCAUUAAUCAUAUAGGCCAUUAAUGUUUUAUCUGGUAAUGGCAGGUUUAUAAGGCAUAAACCCUUUGUUACUUAAUGCGCGAAUAACAUCUGUGCUAUGGCAUAUCCAUUGUAUAGGGUCACUGUGGUAGCAGGGCCACAGUGUCACCGUGGUAUCAGGGCCACAGUGUCACCGUGGUAUAAGGGCCACAGUGCCACCGUGGUAUCAGGGCCACAGUGUCACCGUUUCGCGGGCAUUGGUACGUAGACGGCAUACUUGACAAAUUAAAACUAGCCCAAAAUAACAAUCUGCUUUAAAAAAUGAUGGGGCUGAUAUAGUAAGAACGUCCUCCAUAUAUUGUCAUCGAAAACUGUUCCUUUGAAGAAAGGAGACAAGCAGCAAAGUUUAAUCAAUAGAUUUUUUUAAAAAUAAAGCAUUGCAUUAC